AUACCCCCCCCACAGGACCCUGUCAUCAAGUCCCUGUCCAGCAAAGUAUACCAGCAUGUGUGCACGUACCAGGACUACCACUACAUGACCUUUGACCUCCCUGACUGCCCCCCCGGCAUCGACCCGACCGUCUCCUACCCGGUCGCUCUGAGCUGCCACUGCGGCCGCUGCAGCAUGGAGACGUCCGACUGCACCUUCGAGGGUCUGAGGCCCAACUUCUGCAUGAACGACAUCCCUUUCUACUACUAGAGACACAAGAACUUCAUGAACGAAAUCCCUUUCUACUACUAGAGACAUCAAAACCUGUAAUAAACUGAGGAAGAACUGUGUGAGUGUUCAGCAUCAAGUGAGGUGAAUAAAGAGUGUUACGUGUAUCAGUGGAAAUGUGUAUUUCCUGUUUUUAGUUCAGAGGCUUUAUUGUCAUGUGCACAUAGCUACUGAGUAUAUGGCAAUGAAACACUUUAACACCUUUAGUAUACUGAGGG